AUGAAUCACCGCUCCGGCCACCUGACCGCCAGCCGACGCCCCGCCGCCCGAGGUCCUCAGGUCGCUGCCGUCGUCCGGACGCCCUUGGACCGGUCCCUUCAGACCUUCCCGCCAGAGAGCCACACUGACCUGGUGCGCCGCCGAGGCGGACUCAUCUCCAUCCCUCGGAGGCUCGUGCUGCCCCCGCCGCCAGCUGCGGCGGGGCUGGCGAAGCUGCUGCUGAACGUGACGGUGGAGAGGAGCUUGGGGCCGGUGCAGGUGGUGAUGGCACAGGAGAAGAGCGUGAGGGACCUGAUAAGGGCGAGCGUGGAGGCGUAUGGGAAGGAGAAGAGGCGGCCGUUGCUGAGAGUGAGCGACCCUCGCUGCUUCGAGCUUCACUACUCGCCCUUCAGCUUGGAAUGUCUAAGGCCAGAGGAGAAGCUGAUAAGCUUGGGGUCAAGGAACUUCUUCCUCUGCACCAAGCGCUCCACAUCUUCCAAUUCCUCUUGCUCUGAAGAAGCCAGCGGGAACGCAAACGCCCCAUUCGCACUGACCUACCUGAUGGACUUCCUGCUGUAGAUCAGCCCUACGCGGCUAGCAUCCGUAGCGUCGAGCAACCUAGGCCUAUGCGGCUGGCGUCGAAAGAAGGCCGUGUCUGUGG